AUGCGUUUUUCUGGCAAGCACAUACUUACUCUGCCUCUCUUACACUUUUAUAUUCCUCCGUUUUUUUUUGACACUCGCGUUUUAACUUCUUCUGAUGCAUCCUCUUCACAAUGGCCAUCUGGAUUAGUCAAGGCCAUAUUGCCAAAAAUACUCUCUGCAAUUAAACACAGCCAUGAAAAUGAUGAACAACCCUCUCUCAAACAUGCCAUGCAUCAAGAACUACCAUCCCAUGUUACUGUCAUUGAUAUGUCAAAGAAAAUCGGAACAAACGCCAUGUUUAACAUUCUCAGUGUCUUUUUGUUCAACUCAUUUGUUUCUAGUAUUUUCAAUAUAAGAUAUCAAAUUUAUGAGAGUAUGUUACAGGCUGAGAGCAAUAAAGAGGCUUUUGUAAUUGGAUAUAUUUGA